CUGCCCCGCCAGCCUCCUUCGCUGUCCGCCUACCUUCCCCCUUCUCUUCCGGACCAGUUCGAUCGAUCGGAACUGAAUCCCGCAUUUGUACUUCCUUCCCUUUCCCCUUCGUUGGAGGAUUUCUGAGGAGAUUGGAACUUGGCUGGAUAUCUUAAGGGAUUUAGGUCUUUGAGGCUUGGGAUGACGAUCUCGAAUGGGGACGGGGAUUCGGCAGCUAAGGAUGGCAGAAGGGAGAGGAAGCGGAAGCGCCGGGCGGAGCCAUCACUGGUUAAGUGGAAGACGGAGGGCGAGCAGAAGACCUACUCCUCCAAGCUCAUCGAGGCCCUCCGGCGCGUGCGCCGAUCAUCUGCUACGGGAGCGGCGUCAGCGGCCACGGACCACUCGCGUAGCCGCGCCGUACGGGAGGCGGCGGACCGGGCGCUGGCGGCCGCGGCGCGAGGCCGGACGCGGUGGAGCCGCGCGAUCCUCUGCGGCCGGACGCUCAAGCGCAGGGUCCUUCCGCGGGCCGGCCGACCGAAACCCGUCGGGCCCGCCCGGGCGGCGGAGAGGAGCAAGCCGCCGGCCCUGAAGACGAAGGCGAGGGUCCUAGGCCGGCUGGUCCCCGGCUGCCGCAAGCUGCCGUUGCCAUCGCUUCUAGAGGAGGUAUCGGACUACAUCGCGGCGCUCGAGAUGCAGAUCCGGGCCAUGAGCGUGAUCGCCGAGGCCCUCUCUGCCGUCGGCGGAGCCCCGUCACCGGCUCAAACGGAGGGGCCGAUGUGAAUCGGAUGCGAUCGCCGAAGGUCCUCCUCUUCUCCUCUCUAUUUUUGCUGCUAAUCUUUGAUUUGCUGUCGCCGGUAGCUCCGCAUUUUGUUUAGUAUGUGCACUACUCUCUGGCUUUCGUCUUCUCCUUUCUUCUCUUUCGAAGGAGCUCCACCUCACAUGUUACCCACAUGCACUCCACACACCAUUUCACAUUUGCAUUCCACCUAUUUCAUCGAUCAAGGAAGUGAGUUACCGCUGUAAUUUAUGGAAAGAUAUAUGUAUAUUGGUCUUGGUGGAUUGGGACAUAA